CCAUAGAAGCUCUCCCCUUUCUGGAUAUGGAAGAUUACUCCAUCAUCAAUUCAUCUGCUGUUUCCAAACAAAAAACAUCACCCGAGGACGACGAUUCAGUCGAAGAAAGCGGCUGGACUGCUUAUUUUGAAGAUUUCUCAAACAACAAUAAUCACCAUCAUCAUCAGCUGCAGCAGCAAAAUAGUUAUUGUUCGAGUUUCAGCUGUGGUUCUUCGUUGAUCUCCGAUGCCGCAAUGACCCGAGGAGAUGCAUGGAAAUCAUCGUCGACCCUCACUAAUAUCGACCAUCAUCACCGUGUUUUUCCCAGGAAAUUGAGGUUCAAGAAAACAAGAGCCGAAGAGAUUAGCGACCAGGAUGAUUCAUUGGAGGAUACCGCUAGCUCACCGGUCAAUAGUCCCAAGGUUAGUGAUGAUUGGAAAUCAAUCAAUAUGAAUCCCAGAAAGAGAGAAAAUGAAGCUGCACAUAGUUCUCUGGGGAAGGAAAGUGCAGAGAAUUGUUCAGACAUACAUAUAGAAGAAGAAGAAAACAAAUUGAAUUUCCAUGACGGGAAGAAAGAUUGUACAGAGUUAAACAAAAGAGGGUUGUGCUUGGUUCCUUUCUCCAUGUUAGUUAACUAUCUCCGUUAAUAUCGUUAAUCCGCAGGCACCAACUGUUUCCGAUCAUGUCUUGUUUACAAUAUGGUUUCGUCCUGGUCGAUAUAAUUGUAAUAUCAACGAUGAGAAGAAGCCGGAAUCGAAAGAUAGCGACGAUAAUAUUUCGUUGCACCCACUCCCUCUUCUUUCCCUUGUGUCUUCCUUCCAUCUAG